GACAUAUAUAUUAUAAUAUUAGUACAUACUACCUUGAAGAGAAACAGAGAAAAUGUGAGUUUGCUAUAUAAAGAGAGGAUGGUAGUAGUACUGAGGAAAAAAAAAUAACCACCUUUUAAAAUAAGUAUAGUUAGAAAAAAAAAUACAAAAACAUUUAUUUGUACUAGUUUCUUAGUUACAUUUUGCUUCAAACCGUUCUUCUUCAUACAUGGCUUUACAAGUUAAAACGAAGACAACAUCAAGAGCAGCAUCAACAAUUGUAUGGCUAAUCUCGUGGAGCCUUAUCAUGAUCUAUCAUGUCAGUUUUGCUGAAAGAAUUUUGGAAGAUAAAAAGUCAGAUGAUUUUGUUAUGCAAAAGAGACACUUCUCUUGGUAUGGUGGAAAGUCUUCCUAUGAACGUGUUUGGCCUGAAAUGAAAUUUGGUUGGAGAAUUGUUGUAGGGUCUAUUGUUGGAUUUUUUGGAGCAGCAUUGGGUAGUGUUGGAGGGGUAGGAGGUGGAGGAAUUUUUGUACCUAUGCUUACUUUGAUCAUUGGUUUUGAUCCCAAGUCUUCUACCGCUCUCUCUAAGUGUAUGAUUACAGGAGCAGCCGGAUCAACUGUGUAUUAUAAUCUGAGACUCAGACACCCAACACUAGACAUGCCACUCAUAGAUUAUGAUCUUGCUUUGCUUUUCCAACCUAUGUUAAUGCUAGGAAUUAGCAUUGGUGUUGCAUUUAAUGUCAUGUUUGCUGAUUGGAUGGUUACUGUUUUGCUUAUCAUUCUAUUCAUAGGUACAUCCACUAAAGCUUUAAUCAAAGGUAUCAAUACAUGGAAACAGGAAACAAUCAUGAAGAAGGAAGCUGCAAAGAUGUUGGAAUCAGAUGGUUCUUCUGAAGAAGACUACACAUCACUACCAGCUGAUCUACAAGAUGAAGAGGUUCCUUUACUAGACAACAUUUAUUGGAAAGAAUUAUCAGUCCUUGUGUAUGUUUGGGUGGCUUUUCUCAUUGUUCAGAUUAUUAAGACAUAUAGCAAAACUUGUUCCAUAGAGUACUGGAUUCUUAACUCUUUGCAGGUGCCUAUUGCAAUUUCUGUUACACUUUAUGAAGCCAUAUGCUUAAGCAAAGGAACUAGAGUGAUUGCAUCAAAGGGAAAGGAAGUCACACAUUGGAAGUUUCAUAAGAUUUGUCUUUACUGUUUCUGCGGAAUCAUUGCCGGUAUGGUUAGUGGAUUGCUUGGUCUAGGAGGUGGCUUCAUUUUGGGACCAUUGUUUUUGGAACUCGGAAUUCCCCCUCAGGUAGCUAGUGCUACAUCAACAUUUGCUAUGGUUUUCUCUUCUUCCAUGUCAGUGGUACAAUAUUAUCUUCUAGAUAGCUUUCCGGUACCCUAUGCUUCAUACUUAGUUUUGGUUGCGACCGUUGCUGCACUAACAGGCCAAUAUGUGGUUAGAAAGAUAAUUGCUAUCUUUGGUAGAGCAUCUAUCAUCGUCUUCAUAUUAGCUUUCACAAUUUUUCUGAGCGCAAUCGGUUUAGGUGGGGUGGGAAUAGGAAACAUGGUUGAGAAGAUGGAAAAUGAAGAUUAUAUGGGAUUUUACAAUAUUUGCCACAAAUCAUAGGAUGGAAAAGUAUAUAGGAUUUGACAAAAUAGUCACCUAUUUAUUAUUUUCAUUUAAGUAAAGAAAAUAUCUUUGUUUUUUCUUCUUCUUUCCUUUAUAAGUGUUGUUGUGUUCGUUAGAAGUCUCUAUUUUUAGCCAACAAUGACUGGAUUAUAUUCUUUGCUAUCUAAAUAUUGUUAUUAGUGUGUUUUCA